AUGAGUGAAGAUGAAAAAAAGGAAGAAAUAGAGAGUAGUGAUGAAAGUAUAUCUGUUGAUAUGGAUGAAGAAAGUGGAGAUAAUGAUGAAGAUGAUGUAAACGUUCAAGAAACAAUCUCCACAAAAAAAGAAAAAAGUUUAAAAACUCAAGAAGAAUUAGGUAUUGGUAAUCCAGUAAUUCGUCAUUUAAGAGAAAGAGACCAAACAAAAACAAGAGUUCCAGUAGAGGCAGACGAUGGAAGUAUGAGUGAAGAAUAUGUAGAAGAAAAACAAGAUAGUGAAAGUGAAGAGUUAGAAAAAGAAGAAAGUGAAAAAGAAGAAGAAAGUGAAAAAGAAGAAGAAUUAAUAUUAGAAAGACCAAAAACUAGACUAAGAGAAAGAAAAAAUAUUGAGAUGAUUGAUUUUGAUAGAGAAUUUGAAGGUAGUUUCAAAGUAUCAAAGAAGAAAAAAAUUACUACACCAGUAAAGGCAUAUAGUCCGAUAUCAUAUUUAAGAGAUACUAUUGACAAAGUUUUAGAUUACAGAAACAAAAAUGGGAAAGAAAUUGGAUUUGAAGAGAUACUUAAUUUUGAUUUUGAAAAUAAUGCAGAAUUUGAAAUUAAAUGGAUGAAUUUUUCAUAUAGACAUAACACGUGGAUUAAUUUUGAAGAGAGUAUUGAAAUGAAAGGAGUUCUUAAAGUAAAGAAUUUUAUAAAAAAUCUUAAGAAACAAGCAGAACUUUAUAUUGGAGCACCAAAAGAGGAUAUUGAAGCAAUUAAUGUAGAGAUGGAGAGUCAAAAAGAAGUUAUUGAAGGAUAUAAAAAUGUCGAACGUAUUAUUGAUGAACAAGAAGGACCAGACAAACAACUUAUGUAUUUUGUGAAAUGGGUUGGACUACAAUAUGGUGAAUGUUCAUGGGAAAAAGAAAGUGAUUUAAGAGAAGAAAAUGACUUAAAAGAAAUAGAAAAGUAUCACAAAAGAAUUAAAGAAUGGGAAGAAAAAAAAAGAAGUACACCUCUACCAAGAAAAUUUAUCAAAUUUGUAGAAGGACCAGAAGUAAAAAAUAAAUUAAGAGAUUAUCAAAUAGAAGGAGUAAAUUGGAUAACAUACGCUUUUUCUCAAAACACUAACGUCAUUUUAGCAGAUGAAAUGGGAUUAGGUAAAACAGUACAAACCAUUACUUUUAUAAAACAUUUAUAUGAUAAUUAUAACAUUAUUGGACCAUUUCUUGUUAUUGUUCCAUUAUCAACAAUUAGUAAUUGGAGUAAAGAAUUUAAUAAAUGGGCACCUAAACUUAAUUGUGUUGUUUAUACUGGGGAUGGUGAAAGUAGAGCAAUUAUUAGAAAAACAGAAAUGUUUGGAAAUAAAAAAGGAACAAUUAAAUUUAAUGUUCUAUUAACAUCAUUUGAAUUAGUUAUAAAAGACCAAGAUGUCUUUAAUCAAUUUCAUUGGAAAUAUACUGUUGUUGAUGAAGCACAUCGUUUAAAAAAUAAUGAAGGACAAUUAUAUGAAGUAUUAAUGAGAACUACAACCGAAAAUAAAUUAUUAAUAACAGGAACACCACUUCAAAAUACCUUAAAAGAAUUAUGGAGUUUAUUACAUUUUCUUCAUCCAAAGAAAUUUAUAAGUUUUGAAGAAUUUGAAAAAACAUACUCCGUUGAAGGAACAGAAGAAAUAAAUAAAAUUCAUAAUGAAUUAAAACCAUAUUUAUUAAGAAGAAUGAAAAAAGAUGUAGAAAAAUCAUUACCACCAAAGAAAGAAAGAAUAUUAAGAGUUGAAUUAAGUCCAAUACAAAAACAAUAUUAUAGAUGGAUUAUUACAAAAAAUAGUGAUGCAUUAAAGAAAGCAGUACAACAACAAAAAACAUCAUUAAUGAAUAUUUGUAUGGAAUUAAAAAAAUUAUGUAAUCAUCCAAUUUUAAUUAAUGAAUUAAUGAAUUCAGAAAAUGAAGAAAAUCUUAUUCAGUCAUGUGGUAAAAUGAUUUUAUUAGAUAAGUUAUUAGUAAAAUUAAAAGAAACUGGACAUAGAGUUUUAAUAUUUUCUCAAAUGGUUAGAAUGCUUGAUGUAUUAUCUAAUUAUUUACAUUUUAGAGGAUUUAAUUAUCAAAGACUAGAUGGGGCUAUGGGAAGAGAAGCUAGACAAAGAGCUAUGGAUCAUUUUAACGCAAAAGAUUCUACAGAUUUUGUAUUUUUAUUAUCUACAAGAGCAGGGGGACUUGGAAUUAAUUUAACAACAGCAGAUACAGUUAUUAUCUAUGACUCUGAUUGGAAUCCACAAAAUGAUUUACAAGCACAAGCAAGAUGUCAUAGAAUUGGUCAAGAAAAAACGGUUAAUAUUUAUAGAUUAGCAACUGAAGGAACUAUUGAAGAAAAGAUAUUACUAAGUGCAAAGAAAAAAUUAGUAUUAGACCAUUUAAUUAUUCAAACUAUGGAAAAAAAAGGAAAAAAAAAUGGAAAUGAAUUAUUUGAUAAAUCAGAAUUACAAAAAAUUCUUCAAUUUGGUGCACAAGAUAUCUUUAAUAAAGAUAAUGGUGAAAGAAAAGAAGUUAAUAUAGAUGAAAUUUUAGAACGUGCUGAUGUUGAAGAAGGAAAAGAAGAAAGUAGUGGAGUAAAUGAUUUAUUAGGUGCAUUUAAUGUAGAAAAUUUUGCUAUUAGUGGAGGAAAUAAUGUUAAUGAAUUUUGGAAUUCAGUUAUUACUCAACAAGAUAAAGAAGAAGCAAGAAAAUUAGAUGAACAAAUACUUGGUGUUAUUAGUAAACCUAAAGAAGAAAAAGAGAAAAUUGAGAGAAAGAAACGUAAAAUUAUUGAAGAGAUAGAUGAAAAAAUAGUAAGAGGAGUACUUAGAGGAAUGAGAAGAUUUGGUUUUGCAAGAAUAGACGAUAUUAUGACAAUUGUACGUAGUAGUUAUAAAAAACAAAAUGAUAAUUUAGAAGAAAUUGUUCGUAAUUUAAUGGAAAGAAUUAUUAAUGCUUGUAGUAAAUUAGAAUCAAAAGGAGGAAAUGUUAGAGAAUUAGAAAUGUAUGUUGAAGGAAUAAAAUUUCUUCCUUUUGAAUUAGUUACUAAGAAUGAAGAAAUGAAAACAAUUGGUAUUCUUGUAAAAUAUAUGAAACGACAUAAUAAUCAAUUACCAUUUGAAAUUAAAAAACCACAAUGGGCAAAUGGAUUUGAAUGGAAAAACGAAUAUGACCAACAAAUUGUAUUGGCAGUUCAGAAAAAUGGAGUUGGAGUUUGGAGUGAGUUAAAAAAAGAUGAAAAUAGUGGAAUUGAUAAAAUUCUUGCUGCUGGAGCUACCAUAACUCAUAUUCAAAGAAGAGCUGAAACUAUUAUUCGAGAAGGAAAAGAUUUGAUUAGAAGAAAGAAAGUACAUAAAGAAAAAAGAAAAGAAAUUAGAAAUAAGAAAAGAGCAGAAGAAGAGAAAAAAGAAGAAGAAUGGAAAAAAGGAAUGAACCAAAAAGUUAUUUUAGAAAAAAUGAAUGAUGUUAAAGAACAAAUUAAAAAGUUAAAAUAUAUCAAAACUCAUCCAAAUCUUGAAGAAAAAAUGAAACAAGAUAAAACAGAAAAAUAUAUUCGAGAAAUAGGUAAAUUUAUAGAACGGUCAGACGAAGACGAAAAUAUUAAAAAACAAAUGUGGUACUUUGUUUCAACGUACACAAACUUAACUCCACAUGAAGUUAUUGAAAUUGGCACUGAACAACAUUCCAGAAAACGAAACCAAAAUAAAGAUGAUUAUUUAGACAAACGAGGAUUGAAUUAA